AAAGAAUAUGGAGACAAGAACCGGAUGUAGAUGUUGACAUCCGGGCUCUUCGAAGCCAAAUAGCUACUGGUUAAUGCCAUUAUUUUAAAAUCUAUUUGUAUUUAGAACAUAUAAAAUCUCUUUUUUAAACAAAAAUGAUUAAGGCAAUCUUAAUAUUCAAUAACCAUGGCAAACCUCGCCUCAUCCGUUUUUAUCAAUAUUUUGCAGAGGAUAUGCAACAGCAGAUUAUUCGGGAAACCUUCCAUUUAGUGUCAAAGAGAGAUGACAAUGUUUGCAACUUCCUGGAGGGAGGCAGCCUCAUCGGCGGCUCGGACUACAAGCUGAUUUACCGUCAUUAUGCCACACUGUACUUUGUUUUUUGUGUGGACUCAUCUGAGAGUGAACUUGGCAUUUUGGACCUUAUACAGGUCUUUGUGGAGACAUUGGAUAAGUGCUUUGAAAAUGUGUGUGAACUGGACCUCAUAUUUCACAUGGACAAGGUCCAUUACAUCUUGCAGGAGGUGGUGAUGGGAGGCAUGGUGCUCGAAACCAACAUGAAUGAAAUUGUAGCUCAGGUGGAGGUACAGAAUCGUAUGGAGAAGUCAGAGGGAGGUCUGUCAGCAGCUCCAGCUCGAGCUGUCUCAGCUGUGAAAAAUAUGAACCUGCCUGAGAUUCCCCGCAACAUUAACAUUGGAGACAUUAAUAUCAAGGUUCCCAGCCUCUCCCCUUUCUGAAUAUAUCUAUUGGAUAUGUUUCCCAAUAACUGGAAUAUGGACUCACAAACUACUGAACAUAUUUCUUCCAUUUACAUAUUGAUGUGUACAAAAGAUAACGAUGGAUUUUUAUUUUGUACAAUGUACUGAAUACUUGAUUUGACACAGUUGCACAAUAAUGGGAUGACUGAGGUUUAAGACUGGUUCUAAUGUAAUGUAUAUUUGUAUGUCACUUUUAUUGAAUGAAACAUUUCCCUAUAUUAGAGUAUAUCAUAACAUAAAUUUAUGUAUUAAGUCAACGCAUCAUCUAAAGUUUUGAAGAUGUUGCUACUUAUUGGGGACUUGGGGGGGUUCCGUGUAAUACGUAACUGUUCAAAUUCUUCAUUUUUAUUUUUCUCUUUCUUAGCUUUCAGUUCUCUUUAUUACAUGUGGGUGAUUUCUAAAAUAAUUUCUGUACAUUUUUCUUCGAUGUAGCCAAAUGUAUGUGCUAAAACAAAUAUAAUAGAAAUGUUCCUUUGAUCAUUUGUUUCAAUCAUUUUCAGUGAAUGUUUAUAAUGUAAAUUAUAUUAAGUUAUCAGAAAUGUAUCAUGGUGUCUAAUCCACAUUCAUUCCACUCAAAUAAAAUUCUAAUUCUUACC